AUGGAGCUGCUCGGAUAUGGCGUGCCUGUCGAUGAGCACAGGAUUUGGUCGGCAGUGAGCUUGGUGGAGGAUAGCUCCCUUCAGAAGGCGGUUUUGGAUGCCUCCUUUGCCGUGGUAGCAGGAAGCCCGCCGAGCAUGUGCGGCUUUUCUGCAGCACUACGGGCGGGUCUUCUCCCUUCUGGGCCACUCUUUUGGCUUGAGUCUGCGGACCGUCCAGGAUCGCUGCUGCUGUGCGUGCGGCAUUCCCAGAUUCCAAAAUCUCCGAGAGUGAGGUGCGAACUUAUUUGCUGCCCUGCUGCCUCCUACCUUCCUCGUGCCGUGGCUGUGGCAGAGGAAAGCCAGGACACGCUUUGA